AUGACUACAACACAACUCCCAGAAGCAACUGGAGCUGUCGCAUCCACUGUGACUGUCAGUGAUGCAAUGAGAACUACAGAAGCAUUGACUACAACUGUGACCAACGUACGAACAACUGUUACAGUCAAACCCACCAUGGUCACUGGUGCAUCAACAACAACAGGAAUCGCAACCACUCCAUCCACCACAGUUGAUGCCCCUGCAACAACAACAGUUCCUGCUACAAUUCCCAUAACAACGGCACCUCCUCCAGUAGUGGAAUUACAAGUCACCUUGCAGCAAGUCUUUGUACCAGCCUUGACUGACCCUCAAAGCACAGAAUUCAAAACACUAUCAGAUACCAUUACCGAAAUUUGUGACACAAUCUUCCAACAAAUAUAUGGACUUAGUUACGUUCAGACUACUGUUACUCAAUUCAGACCUGUGCCCCGUCUCGGUCAGGAUCCUAACACAAAGGUGGAGUUGGAACUGGAGUUCAAUGCGACCUCCACUCUACCUAUCCCCAAGGGCAGUGACAUUGUUGAUACAUUGAAAGAGGCUGUGAAAAAUCCGAACUCUACCUUCAACUUCUCUGUGGAUCUGAACUCCAUCACUGUGAUAAAUGCCCCUGCAACAACAACUUUUCCUGCUACAAUUGCCAUAACAACGGCACCUCCUCCAAUGGUGGAAUUACAAGUCACAUUGCAACAAGUUUUUGUACCAGCCUUGACUGACCCUCAAAGCACAGAAUUCAAAACACUUUCAGAUACCAUUACCACAAUUUGUGACACAAUCUUCCGACAAAGCUAUGGGCUUUGUUACGUUCAGACCACUGUUACUCAAUUCAGACCUGUGCCCCGUCUCGGUCAGGAUCCUAACACAGAGGUGGGGUUGGAACUGGAGUUCAAUGCGACCUCCACUGUACCUGUCCCCAAGGGCAGUGACAUUGUUGAUACAUUGAAAGAGGCUGUGACCAAUCCAAACUCUACCUUCAACUUCUCUGUGGAUCUGAACUCCAUCACUGUGAUAAAUGCCCCUGCAACAACAACUGUUCCUGCUACAAUUGCCAUAACAACGGCACCUCCUCCAAUGGUGGAAUUACAAGUCACCUUGCAACAAGUUUUUGUACCAGCCUUGACUGACCCUCAAAGCACAGAAUUCAAAACACUUUCAGAUACCAUUACCACAAUUUGUGACACAAUCUUCCGACAAAGCUAUGGGCUUUGUUACGUUCAGACCACUGUUACUCAAUUCAGACCUGUGCCCCGUCUCGGUCAGGAUCCUAACACAGAGGUGGGGUUGGAACUGGAGUUCAAUGCGACCUCCACUGUACCUGUCCCCAAGGGCAGUGACAUUGUUGAUACAUUGAAAGAGGCUGUGACCAAUCCAAACUCUACCUUCAACUUCUCUGUGGAUCUGAACUCCAUCACUGUGAUAAAUGCCCCUGCAACAACAACUGUUCCUGCUACAAUUGCCAUAACAACGGCACCUCCUCCAAUGGUGGAAUUACAAGUCACCUUGCAACAAGUUUUUGUACCAGCCUUGACUGACCCUCAAAGCACAGAAUUCAAAACACUUUCAGAUACCAUUACCACAAUUUGUGACACAAUCUUCCGACAAAGCUAUGGGCUUUGUUACGUUCAGACGACUGUUACUCAAUUCAGACCUGUGCCCCGUCUCGGUCAGGAUCCUAACACAGAGGUGGGGUUGGAACUGGAGUUCAAUGCGACCUCCACUGUACCUGUCCCCAAGGGCAGUGACAUUGUUGAUACAUUGAAAGAGGCUGUGACCAAUCCAAACUCUACCUUCAACUUCUCUGUGGAUCUGAACUCCAUCACUGUGAUAAAUGCCCCUGCAACAACAACUGUUCCUGCUACAAUUGCCAUAACAACGGCACCUCCUCCAAUGGUGGAAUUACAAGUCACCUUGCAACAAGUUUUUGUACCAGCCUUGACUGACCCUCAAAGCACAGAAUUCAAAACACUUUCAGAUACCAUUACCACAAUUUGUGACACAAUCUUCCGACAAAGCUAUGGGCUUUGUUACGUUCAGACGACUGUUACUCAAUUCAGACCUGUGCCCCGUCUCGGUCAGGAUCCUAACACAGAGGUGGGGUUGGAACUGGAGUUCAAUGCGACCUCCACUGUACCUGUCCCCAAGGGCAGUGACAUUGUUGAUACAUUGAAAGAGGCUGUGACCAAUCCAAACUCUACCUUCAACUUCUCUGUGGAUCUGAACUCCAUCACUGUGAUAAAUGCCCCUGCAACAACAACUGUUCCUGCUACAAUUGCCAUAACAACGGCACCUCCUCCAAUGGUGGAAUUACAAGUCACCUUGCAACAAGUUUUUGUACCAGCCUUGACUGACCCUCAAAGCACAGAAUUCAAAACACUUUCAGAUACCAUUACCACAAUUUGUGACACAAUCUUCCGACAAAGCUAUGGGCUUUGUUACGUUCAGACGACUGUUACUCAAUUCAGACCUGUGCCCCGUCUCGGUCAGGAUCCUAACACAGAGGUGGGGUUGGAACUGGAGUUCAAUGCGACCUCCACUGUACCUGUCCCCAAGGGCAGUGACAUUGUUGAUACAUUGAAAGAGGCUGUGACCAAUCCAAACUCUACCUUCAACUUCUCUGUGGAUCUGAACUCCAUCACUGUGAUAAAUGCCCCUGCAACAACAACUGUUCCUGCUACAAUUGCCAUAACAACGGCACCUCCUCCAAUGGUGGAAUUACAAGUCACCUUGCAACAAGUUUUUGUACCAGCCUUGACUGACCCUCAAAGCACAGAAUUCAAAACACUUUCAGAUACCAUUACCACAAUUUGUGACACAAUCUUCCGACAAAGCUAUGGGCUUUGUUACGUUCAGACGACUGUUACUCAAUUCAGACCUGUGCCCCGUCUCGGUCAGGAUCCUAACACAGAGGUGGGGUUGGAACUGGAGUUCAAUGCGACCUCCACUGUACCUGUCCCCAAGGGCAGUGACAUUGUUGAUACAUUGAAAGAGGCUGUGACCAAUCCAAACUCUACCUUCAACUUCUCUGUGGAUCUGAACUCCAUCACUGUGAUAAAUGCCCCUGCAACAACAACUGUUCCUGCUACAAUUGCCAUAACAACGGCACCUCCUCCAAUGGUGGAAUUACAAGUCACCUUGCAACAAGUUUUUGUACCAGCCUUGACUGACCCUCAAAGCACAGAAUUCAAAACACUUUCAGAUACCAUUACCACAAUUUGUGACACAAUCUUCCGACAAAGCUAUGGGCUUUGUUACGUUCAGACGACUGUUACUCAAUUCAGACCUGUGCCCCGUCUCGGUCAGGAUCCUAACACAGAGGUGGGGUUGGAACUGGAGUUCAAUGCGACCUCCACUGUACCUGUCCCCAAGGGCAGUGACAUUGUUGAUACAUUGAAAGAGGCUGUGACCAAUCCAAACUCUACCUUCAACUUCUCUGUGGAUCUGAACUCCAUCACUGUGAUAAAUGCCCCUGCAACAACAACUGUUCCUGCUACAAUUGCCAUAACAACGGCACCUCCUCCAAUGGUGGAAUUACAAGUCACCUUGCAACAAGUUUUUGUACCAGCCUUGACUGACCCUCAAAGCACAGAAUUCAAAACACUUUCAGAUACCAUUACCACAAUUUGUGACACAAUCUUCCGACAAAGCUAUGGGCUUUGUUACGUUCAGACGACUGUUACUCAAUUCAGACCUGUGCCCCGUCUCGGUCAGGAUCCUAACACAGAGGUGGGGUUGGAACUGGAGUUCAAUGCGACCUCCACUGUACCUGUCCCCAAGGGCAGUGACAUUGUUGAUACAUUGAAAGAGGCUGUGACCAAUCCAAACUCUACCUUCAACUUCUCUGUGGAUCUGAACUCCAUCACUGUGAUAAAUGCCCCUGCAACAACAACUGUUCCUGCUACAAUUGCCAUAACAACGGCACCUCCUCCAAUGGUGGAAUUACAAGUCACCUUGCAACAAGUUUUUGUACCAGCCUUGACUGACCCUCAAAGCACAGAAUUCAAAACACUUUCAGAUACCAUUACCACAAUUUGUGACACAAUCUUCCGACAAAGCUAUGGGCUUUGUUACGUUCAGACGACUGUUACUCAAUUCAGACCUGUGCCCCGUCUCGGUCAGGAUCCUAACACAGAGGUGGGGUUGGAACUGGAGUUCAAUGCGACCUCCACUGUACCUGUCCCCAAGGGCAGUGACAUUGUUGAUACAUUGAAAGAGGCUGUGACCAAUCCAAACUCUACCUUCAACUUCUCUGUGGAUCUGAACUCCAUCACUGUGAUAAAUGCCCCUGCAACAACAACUGUUCCUGCUACAAUUGCCAUAACAACGGCACCUCCUCCAAUGGUGGAAUUACAAGUCACCUUGCAACAAGUUUUUGUACCAGCCUUGACUGACCCUCAAAGCACAGAAUUCAAAACACUUUCAGAUACCAUUACCACAAUUUGUGACACAAUCUUCCGACAAAGCUAUGGGCUUUGUUACGUUCAGACCACUGUUACUCAAUUCAGACCUGUGCCCCGUCUCGGUCAGGAUCCUAACACAGAGGUGGGGUUGGAACUGGAGUUCAAUGCGACCUCCACUGUACCUGUCCCCAAGGGCAGUGACAUUGUUGAUACAUUGAAAGAGGCUGUGACCAAUCCAAACUCUACCUUCAACUUCUCUGUGGAUCUGAACUCCAUCACUGUGAUAAAUGCCCCUGCAACAACAACUGUUCCUGCUACAAUUGCCAUAACAACGGCACCUCCUCCAAUGGUGGAAUUACAAGUCACCUUGCAACAAGUUUUUGUACCAGCCUUGACUGACCCUCAAAGCACAGAAUUCAAAACACUUUCAGAUACCAUUACCACAAUUUGUGACACAAUCUUUCGACAAAGCUAUGGGCUUUGUUACGUUCAGACCACUGUUACUCAAUUCAGACCUGUGCCCCGUCUCGGUCAGGAUCCUAACACAGAGGUGGGGUUGGAACUGGAGUUCAAUGCGACCUCCACUGUACCUGUCCCCAAGGGCAGUGACAUUGUUGAUACAUUGAAAGAGGCUGUGACCAAUCCAAACUCUACCUUCAACUUCUCUGUGGAUCUGAACUCCAUCACUGUGAUAAAUGCCCCUGCAACAACAACUGUUCCUGCUACAAUUGCCAUAACAACGGCACCUCCUCCAAUGGUGGAAUUACAAGUCACCUUGCAACAAGUUUUUGUACCAGCCUUGACUGACCCUCAAAGCACAGAAUUCAAAACACUUUCAGAUACCAUUACCACAAUUUGUGACACAAUCUUCCGACAAAGCUAUGGGCUUUGUUACGUUCAGACGACUGUUACUCAAUUCAGACCUGUGCCCCGUCUCGGUCAGGAUCCUAACACAGAGGUGGGGUUGGAACUGGAGUUCAAUGCGACCUCCACUGUACCUGUCCCCAAGGGCAGUGACAUUGUUGAUACAUUGAAAGAGGCUGUGACCAAUCCAAACUCUACCUUCAACUUCUCUGUGGAUCUGAACUCCAUCACUGUGAUAAAUGCCCCUGCAACAACAACUGUUCCUGCUACAAUUGCCAUAACAACGGCACCUCCUCCAAUGGUGGAAUUACAAGUCACCUUGCAACAAGUUUUUGUACCAGCCUUGACUGACCCUCAAAGCACAGAAUUCAAAACACUUUCAGAUACCAUUACCACAAUUUGUGACACAAUCUUCCGACAAAGCUAUGGGCUUUGUUACGUUCAGACGACUGUUACUCAAUUCAGACCUGUGCCCCGUCUCGGUCAGGAUCCUAACACAGAGGUGGGGUUGGAACUGGAGUUCAAUGCGACCUCCACUGUACCUGUCCCCAAGGGCAGUGACAUUGUUGAUACAUUGAAAGAGGCUGUGACCAAUCCAAACUCUACCUUCAACUUCUCUGUGGAUCUGAACUCCAUCACUGUGAUAAAUGCCCCUGCAACAACAACUGUUCCUGCUACAAUUGCCAUAACAACGGCACCUCCUCCAGUAGUGGAAUUACAAGUCACCUUGCAACAAGUUUUUGUACCAGCCUUGACUGACCCUCAAAGCACAGAAUUCAAAACACUUUCAGAUACCAUUACCACAAUUUGUGACACAAUCUUCCGACAAAGCUAUGGGCUUUGUUACGUUCAGACGACUGUUACUCAAUUCAGACCUGUGCCCCGUCUCGGUCAGGAUCCUAACACAGAGGUGGGGUUGGAACUGGAGUUCAAUGCGACCUCCACUGUACCUGUCCCCAAGGGCAGUGACAUUGUUGAUACAUUGAAAGAGGCUGUGACCAAUCCAAACUCUACCUUCAACUUCUCUGUGGAUCUGAACUCCAUCACUGUGAUAAAUGCCCCUGCAACAACAACUGUUCCUGCUACAAUUGCCAUAACAACGACACCUCCUCCAAUGGUGGAAUUACAAGUCACCUUGCAACAAGUUUUUGUACCAGCCUUGACUGACCCUCAAAGCGCAGAAUUCAAAACACUUUCAGAUACCAUUACCACAAUUUGUGACACAAUCUUCCGACAAAGCUAUGGGCUUUGUUACGUUCAGACGACUGUUACUCAAUUCAGACCUGUGCCCCGUCUCGGUCAGGAUCCUAACACAGAGGUGGGGUUGGAACUGGAGUUCAAUGCGACCUCCACUGUACCUGUCCCCAAGGGCAGUGACAUUGUUGAUACAUUGAAAGAGGCUGUGACCAAUCCAAACUCUACCUUCAACUUCUCUGUGGAUCUGAACUCCAUCACUGUGAUAAAUGCCCCUGCAACAACAACUGUUCCUGCUACAAUUGCCAUAACAACGGCACCUCCUCCAAUGGUGGAAUUACAAGUCACCUUGCAACAAGUUUUUGUACCAGCCUUGACUGACCCUCAAAGCACAGAAUUCAAAACACUUUCAGAUACCAUUACCACAAUUUGUGACACAAUCUUCCGACAAAGCUAUGGGCUUUGUUACGUUCAGACGACUGUUACUCAAUUCAGACCUGUGCCCCGUCUCGGUCAGGAUCCUAACACAGAGGUGGAGUUGGAACUGGAGUUCAAUGCGACCUCCACUGUACCUGUCCCCAAGGGCAGUGACAUUGUUGAUACAUUGAAAGAGGCUGUGACCAAUCCAAACUCUACCUUCAACUUCUCUGUGGAUCUGAACUCCAUCACUGUGAUAAAUGCCCCUGCAACAACAACUGUUCCUGCUACAAUUGCCAUAACAACGGCACCUCCUCCAAUGGUGGAAUUACAAGUCACCUUGCAACAAGUUUUUGUACCAGCCUUGACUGACCCUCAAAGCACAGAAUUCAAAACACUUUCAGAUACCAUUACCACAAUUUGUGACACAAUCUUCCGACAAAGCUAUGGGCUUUGUUACGUUCAGACGACUGUUACUCAAUUCAGACCUGUGCCCCGUCUCGGUCAGGAUCCUAACACAGAGGUGGGGUUGGAACUGGAGUUCAAUGCGACCUCCACUGUACCUGUCCCCAAGGGCAGUGACAUUGUUGAUACAUUGAAAGAGGCUGUGACCAAUCCAAACUCUACCUUCAACUUCUCUGUGGAUCUGAAUUCCAUCACUGUGAUAAAUGCCCCUGCAACAACAACUGUUCCUGCUACAAUUGCCAUAACAACGGCACCUCCUCCAAUGGUGGAAUUACAAGUCACCUUGCAACAAGUUUUUGUACCAGCCUUGACUGACCCUCAAAGCACAGAAUUCAAAACACUUUCAGAUACCAUUACCACAAUUUGUGACACAAUCUUCCGACAAAGCUAUGGGCUUUGUUACGUUCAGACGACUGUUACUCAAUUCAGACCUGUGCCCCGUCUCGGUCAGGAUCCUAACACAGAGGUGGAGUUGGAACUGGAGUUCAAUGCGACCUCCACUGUACCUGUCCCCAAGGGCAGUGACAUUGUUGAUACAUUGAAAGAGGCUGUGACCAAUCCAAACUCUACCUUCAACUUCUCUGUGGAUCUGAACUCCAUCACUGUGAUAAAUGCCCCUGCAACAACAACUGUUCCUGCUACAAUUGCCAUAACAACGGCACCUCCUCCAAUGGUGGAAUUACAAGUCACCUUGCAACAAGUUUUUGUACCAGCCUUGACUGACCCUCAAAGCACAGAAUUCAAAACACUUUCAGAUACCAUUACCACAAUUUGUGACACAAUCUUCCGACAAAGCUAUGGGCUUUGUUACGUUCAGACGACUGUUACUCAAUUCAGACCUGUGCCCCGUCUCGGUCAGGAUCCUAACACAGAGGUGGGGUUGGAACUGGAGUUCAAUGCGACCUCCACUGUACCUGUCCCCAAGGGCAGUGACAUUGUUGAUACAUUGAAAGAGGCUGUGACCAAUCCAAACUCUACCUUCAACUUCUCUGUGGAUCUGAACUCCAUCACUGUGAUAAAUGCCCCUGCAACAACAACUGUUCCUGCUACAAUUGCCAUAACAACGGCACCUCCUCCAAUGGUGGAAUUACAAGUCACCUUGCAACAAGUUUUUGUACCAGCCUUGACUGACCCUCAAAGCACAGAAUUCAAAACACUUUCAGAUACCAUUACCACAAUUUGUGACACAAUCUUCCGACAAAGCUAUGGGCUUUGUUACGUUCAGACGACUGUUACUCAAUUCAGACCUGUGCCCCGUCUCGGUCAGGAUCCUAACACAGAGGUGGGGUUGGAACUGGAGUUCAAUGCGACCUCCACUGUACCUGUCCCCAAGGGCAGUGACAUUGUUGAUACAUUGAAAGAGGCUGUGACCAAUCCAAACUCUACCUUCAACUUCUCUGUGGAUCUGAACUCCAUCACUGUGAUAAAUGCCCCUGCAACAACAACUGUUCCUGCUACAAUUGCCAUAACAACGGCACCUCCUCCAAUGGUGGAAUUACAAGUCACCUUGCAACAAGUUUUUGUACCAGCCUUGACUGACCCUCAAAGCACAGAAUUCAAAACACUUUCAGAUACCAUUACCACAAUUUGUGACACAAUCUUCCGACAAAGCUAUGGGCUUUGUUAUGUUCAGACGACUGUUACUCAAUUCAGACCUGUGCCCCGUCUCGGUCAGGAUCCUAACACAGAGGUGGAGUUGGAACUGGAGUUCAAUGCGACCUCCACUGUACCUGUCCCCAAGGGCAGUGACAUUGUUGAUACAUUGAAAGAGGCUGUGACCAAUCCAAACUCUAACUUCAACUUCUCUGUGGAUCUGAACUCCAUCACUGUGAUAAAUGCCCCUGCAACAACAACUGUUCCUGCUACAAUUGCCAUAACAACGGCACCUCCUCCAGUAGUGGAAUUACAAGUCACCUUGCAACAAGUUUUUGUACCAGCCUUGACUGACCCUCAAAGCACAGAAUUCAAAACACUUUCAGAUACCAUUACCACAAUUUGUGACACAAUCUUCCGACAAAGCUAUGGGCUUUGUUACGUUCAGACGACUGUUACUCAAUUCAGACCUGUGCCCCGUCUCGGUCAGGAUCCUAACACAGAGGUGGGGUUGGAACUGGAGUUCAAUGCGACCUCCACUGUACCUGUCCCCAAGGGCAGUGACAUUGUUGAUACAUUGAAAGAGGCUGUGACCAAUCCAAACUCUACCUUCAACUUCUCUGUGGAUCUGAACUCCAUCACUGUGAUAAAUGCCCCUGCAACAACAACUGUUCCUGCUACAAUUGCCAUAACAACGGCACCUCCUCCAGUGGUGGAAUUACAAGUCACCUUGCAACAAGUUUUUGUACCAGCCUUGACUGACCCUCAAAGCACAGAAUUCAAAACACUUUCAGAUACCAUUACCACAAUUUGUGACACAAUCUUCCGACAAAGCUAUGGGCUUUGUUAUGUUCAGACGACUGUUACUCAAUUCAGACCUGUGCCCCGUCUCGGUCAGGAUCCUAACACAGAGGUGUGGUUGGAACUGGAGUUCAAUGCGACCUCCACUGUACCUGUCCCCAAGGGCAGUGACAUUGUUGAUACAUUGAAAGAGGCUGUGACAAAUCCAAACUCUACCUUCAAAUUCUCUGUGGAUCUGAACUCCAUCACUGUGAUAAAUGCCCCUGCAACAACAACUGUUCCUGCUACAAUUGCCAUAACAACGGCACCUCCUCCAAUGGUGGAAUUACAAGUCACCUUGCAACAAGUUUUUGUACCAGCCUUGACUGACCCUCAAAGCACAGAAUUCAAAACACUUUCAGAUACCAUUACCACAAUUUGUGACACAAUCUUCCGACAAAGCUAUGGGCUUUGUUACGUUCAGACGACUGUUACUCAAUUCAGACCUGUGCCCCGUCUCGGUCAGGAUCCUAACACAGAGGUGGGGUUGGAACUGGAGUUCAAUGCGACCUCCACUGUACCUGUCCCCAAGGGCAGUGACAUUGUUGAUACAUUGAAAGAGGCUGUGACCAAUCCAAACUCUACCUUCAACUUCUCUGUGGAUCUGAACUCCAUCACUGUGAUAAAUGCCCCUGCAACAACAACUGUUCCUGCUACAAUUGCCAUAACAACGGCACCUCCUCCAAUGGUGGAAUUACAAGUCACCUUGCAACAAGUUUUUGUACCAGCCUUGACUGACCCUCAAAGCACAGAAUUCAAAACACUUUCAGAUACCAUUACCACAAUUUGUGACACAAUCUUCCGACAAAGCUAUGGGCUUUGUUACGUUCAGACGACUGUUACUCAAUUCAGACCUGUGCCCCGUCUCGGUCAGGAUCCUAACACAGAGGUGGGGUUGGAACUGGAGUUCAAUGCGACCUCCACUGUACCUGUCCCCAAGGGCAGUGACAUUGUUGAUACAUUGAAAGAGGCUGUGACCAAUCCAAACUCUACCUUCAACUUCUCUGUGGAUCUGAACUCCAUCACUGUGAUAAAUGCCCCUGCAACAACAACUGUUCCUGCUACAAUUGCCAUAACAACGACACCUCCUCCAAUGGUGGAAUUACAAGUCACCUUGCAACAAGUUUUUGUACCAGCCUUGACUGACCCUCAAAGCACAGAAUUCAAAACACUUUCAGAUACCAUUACCACAAUUUGUGACACAAUCUUCCGACAAAGCUAUGGGCUUUGUUAUGUUCAGACGACUGUUACUCAAUUCAGACCUGUGCCCCGUCUCGGUCAGGAUCCUAACACAGAGGUGGGGUUGGAACUGGAGUUCAAUGCGACCUCCACUGUACCUGUCCCCAAGGGCAGUGACAUUGUUGAUACAUUGAAAGAGGCUGUGACCAAUCCAAACUCUACCUUCAACUUCUCUGUGGAUCUGAACUCCAUCACUGUGAUAAAUGCCCCUGCAACAACAACUGUUCCUGCUACAAUUGCCAUAACAACGACACCUCCUCCAAUGGUGGAAUUACAAGUCACCUUGCAACAAGUUUUUGUACCAGCCUUGACUGACCCUCAAAGCACAGAAUUCAAAACACUUUCAGAUACCAUUACCACAAUUUGUGACACAAUCUUCCGACAAAGCUAUGGGCUUUGUUAUGUUCAGACGACUGUUACUCAAUUCAGACCUGUGCCCCGUCUCGGUCAGGAUCCUAACACAGAGGUGGGGUUGGAACUGGAGUUCAAUGCGACCUCCACUGUACCUGUCCCCAAGGGCAGUGACAUUGUUGAUACAUUGAAAGAGGCUGUGACCAAUCCAAACUCUACCUUCAACUUCUCUGUGGAUCUGAACUCCAUCACUGUGAUAAAUGCCCCUGCAACAACAACUGUUCCUGCUACAAUUGCCAUAACAACGGCACCUCCUCCAGUAGUGGAAUUACAAGUCACCUUGCAACAAGUUUUUGUACCAGCCUUGACUGACCCUCAAAGCACAGAAUUCAAAACACUUUCAGAUACCAUUACCACAAUUUGUGACACAAUCUUCCGACAAAGCUAUGGGCUUUGUUACGUUCAGACGACUGUUACUCAAUUCAGACCUGUGCCCCGUCUCGGUCAGGAUCCUAACACAGAGGUGGGGUUGGAACUGGAGUUCAAUGCGACCUCCACUGUACCUGUCCCCAAGGGCAGUGACAUUGUUGAUACAUUGAAAGAGGCUGUGACCAAUCCAAACUCUACCUUCAACUUCUCUGUGGAUCUGAACUCCAUCACUGUGAUAAAUGCCCCUGCAACAACAACUGUUCCUGCUACAAUUGCCAUAACAACGACACCUCCUCCAGUGGUGGAAUUACAAGUCACCUUGCAACAAGUUUUUGUACCAGCCUUGACUGACCCUCAAAGCACAGAAUUCAAAACACUUUCAGAUACCAUUACCACAAUUUGUGACACAAUCUUCCGACAAAGCUAUGGGCUUUGUUACGUUCAGACGACUGUUACUCAAUUCAGACCUGUGCCCCGUCUCGGUCAGGAUCCUAACACAGAGGUGGGGUUGGAACUGGAGUUCAAUGCGACCUCCACUGUACCUGUCCCCAAGGGCAGUGACAUUGUUGAUACAUUGAAAGAGGCUGUGACCAAUCCAAACUCUACCUUCAACUUCUCUGUGGAUCUGAACUCCAUCACUGUGAUAAAUGCCCCUGCAACAACAACUGUUCCUGCUACAAUUGCCAUAACAACGGCACCUCCUCCAGUAGUGGAAUUACAAGUCACCUUGCAACAAGUUUUUGUACCAGCCUUGACUGACCCUCAAAGCACAGAAUUCAAAACACUUUCAGAUACCAUUACCACAAUUUGUGACACAAUCUUCCGACAAAGAUAUGGGCUUUGUUACGUUCAGACGACUGUUACUCAAUUCAGACCUGUGCCCCGUCUCGGUCAGGAUCCUAACACAGAGGUGGGGUUGGAACUGGAGUUCAAUGCGACCUCCACUGUACCUGUCCCCAAGGGCAGUGACAUUGUUGAUACAUUGAAAGAGGCUGUGACCAAUCCAAACUCUACCUUCAACUUCUCUGUGGAUCUGAACUCCAUCACUGUGAUAAAUGCCCCUGCAACAACAACUGUUCCUGCUACAAUUGCCAUAACAACGGCACCUCCUCCAGUAGUGGAAUUACAAGUCACCUUGCAACAAGUUUUUGUACCAGCCUUGACUGACCCUCAAAGCACAGAAUUCAAAACACUUUCAGAUACCAUUACCACAAUUUGUGACACAAUCUUCCGACAAAGAUAUGGGCUUUGUUACGUUCAGACGACUGUUACUCAAUUCAGACCUGUGCCCCGUCUCGGUCAGGAUCCUAACACAGAGGUGGGGUUGGAACUGGAGUUCAAUGCGACCUCCACUGUACCUGUCCCCAAGGGCAGUGACAUUGUUGAUACAUUGAAAGAGGCUGUGACCAAUCCAAACUCUACCUUCAACUUCUCUGUGGAUCUGAACUCCAUCACUGUGAUAAAUGCCCCUGCAACAACAACUGUUCCUGCUACAAUUGCCAUAACAACGGCACCUCCUCCAGUAGUGGAAUUACAAGUCACCUUGCAACAAGUUUUUGUACCAGCCUUGACUGACCCUCAAAGCACAGAAUUCAAAACACUUUCAGAUACCAUUACCACAAUUUGUGACACAAUCUUCCGACAAAGCUAUGGGCUUUGUUACGUUCAGACGACUGUUACUCAAUUCAGACCUGUGCCCCGUCUCGGUCAGGAUCCUAACACAGAGGUGGGGUUGGAACUGGAGUUCAAUGCGACCUCCACUGUACCUGUCCCCAAGGGCAGUGACAUUGUUGAUACAUUGAAAGAGGCUGUGACCAAUCCAAACUCUACCUUCAACUUCUCUGUGGAUCUGAACUCCAUCACUGUGAUAAAUGCCCCUGCAACAACAACUGUUCCUGCUACAAUUGCCAUAACAACGGCACCUCCUCCAGUAGUGGAAUUACAAGUCACCUUGCAACAAGUUUUUGUACCAGCCUUGACUGACCCUCAAAGCACAGAAUUCAAAACACUUUCAGAUACCAUUACCACAAUUUGUGACACAAUCUUCCGACAAAGAUAUGGGCUUUGUUACGUUCAGACGACUGUUACUCAAUUCAGACCUGUGCCCCGUCUCGGUCAGGAUCCUAACACAGAGGUGGGGUUGGAACUGGAGUUCAAUGCGACCUCCACUGUACCUGUCCCCAAGGGCAGUGACAUUGUUGAUACAUUGAAAGAGGCUGUGACCAAUCCAAACUCUACCUUCAACUUCUCUGUGGAUCUGAACUCCAUCACUGUGAUAAAUGCCCCUGCAACAACAACUGUUCCUGCUACAAUUGCCAUAACAACGGCACCUCCUCCAAUGGUGGAAUUACAAGUCACCUUGCAACAAGUUUUUGUACCAGCCUUGACUGACCCUCAAAGCACAGAAUUCAAAACACUUUCAGAUACCAUUACCACAAUUUGUGACACAAUCUUCCGACAAAGAUAUGGGCUUUGUUACGUUCAGACGACUGUUACUCAAUUCAGACCUGUGCCCCGUCUCGGUCAGGAUCCUAACACAGAGGUGGGGUUGGAACUGGAGUUCAAUGCGACCUCCACUGUACCUGUCCCCAAGGGCAGUGACAUUGUUGAUACAUUGAAAGAGGCUGUGACCAAUCCAAACUCUACCUUCAACUUCUCUGUGGAUCUGAACUCCAUCACUGUGAUAAAUGCCCCUGCAACAACAACUGUUCCUGCUACAAUUGCCAUAACAACGGCACCUCCUCCAGUGGUGGAAUUACAAGUCACCUUGCAACAAGUUUUUGUACCAGCCUUGACUGACCCUCAAAGCACAGAAUUCAAAACACUUUCAGAUACCAUUACCACAAUUUGUGACACAAUCUUCCGACAAAGAUAUGGGCUUUGUUACGUUCAGACGACUGUUACUCAAUUCAGACCUGUGCCCCGUCUCGGUCAGGAUCCUAACACAGAGGUGGGGUUGGAACUGGAGUUCAAUGCGACCUCCACUGUACCUGUCCCCAAGGGCAGUGACAUUGUUGAUACAUUGAAAGAGGCUGUGACCAAUCCAAACUCUACCUUCAACUUCUCUGUGGAUCUGAACUCCAUCACUGUGAUAAAUGCCCCUGCAACAACAACUGUUCCUGCUACAAUUGCCAUAACAACGGCACCUCCUCCAGUAGUGGAAUUACAAGUCACCUUGCAACAAGUUUUUGUACCAGCCUUGACUGACCCUCAAAGCACAGAAUUCAAAACACUUUCAGAUACCAUUACCACAAUUUGUGACACAAUCUUCCGACAAAGAUAUGGGCUUUGUUACGUUCAGACGACUGUUACUCAAUUCAGACCUGUGCCCCGUCUCGGUCAGGAUCCUAACACAGAGGUGGGGUUGGAACUGGAGUUCAAUGCGACCUCCACUGUACCUGUCCCCAAGGGCAGUGACAUUGUUGAUACAUUGAAAGAGGCUGUGACCAAUCCAAACUCUACCUUCAACUUCUCUGUGGAUCUGAACUCCAUCACUGUGAUAAAUGCCCCUGCAACAACAACUGUUCCUGCUACAAUUGCCAUAACAACGGCACCUCCUCCAGUGGUGGAAUUACAAGUCACCUUGCAACAAGUUUUUGUACCAGCCUUGACUGACCCUCAAAGCACAGAAUUCAAAACACUUUCAGAUACCAUUACCACAAUUUGUGACACAAUCUUCCGACAAAGAUAUGGGCUUUGUUACGUUCAGACGACUGUUACUCAAUUCAGACCUGUGCCCCGUCUCGGUCAGGAUCCUAACACAGAGGUGGGGUUGGAACUGGAGUUCAAUGCGACCUCCACUGUACCUGUCCCCAAGGGCAGUGACAUUGUUGAUACAUUGAAAGAGGCUGUGACCAAUCCAAACUCUACCUUCAACUUCUCUGUGGAUCUGAACUCCAUCACUGUGAUAAAUGCCCCUGCAACAACAACUGUUCCUGCUACAAUUGCCAUAACAACGGCACCUCCUCCAGUGGUGGAAUUACAAGUCACCUUGCAACAAGUUUUUGUACCAGCCUUGACUGACCCUCAAAGCACAGAAUUCAAAACACUUUCAGAUACCAUUACCACAAUUUGUGACACAAUCUUCCGACAAAGAUAUGGGCUUUGUUACGUUCAGACGACUGUUACUCAAUUCAGACCUGUGCCCCGUCUCGGUCAGGAUCCUAACACAGAGGUGGGGUUGGAACUGGAGUUCAAUGCGACCUCCACUGUACCUGUCCCCAAGGGCAGUGACAUUGUUGAUACAUUGAAAGAGGCUGUGACCAAUCCAAACUCUACAUUCAACAUCUCUGUGGAUCUGAACUCCAUCACUGUGAUAAAUGCCCCUGCAACAACAACUGUUCCUGCUACAAUUGCCAUAACAACGGCACCUCCUCCAGUAGUGGAAUUACAAGUCACCUUGCAACAAGUUUUUGUACCAGCCUUGACUGACCCUCAAAGCACAGAAUUCAAAACACUUUCAGAUACCAUUACCACAAUUUGUGACACAAUCUUCCGACAAAGAUAUGGGCUUUGUUACGUUCAGACGACUGUUACUCAAUUCAGACCUGUGCCCCGUCUCGGUCAGGAUCCUAACACAGAGGUGGGGUUGGAACUGGAGUUCAAUGCGACCUCCACUGUACCUGUCCCCAAGGGCAGUGACAUUGUUGAUACAUUGAAAGAGGCUGUGACCAAUCCAAACUCUACCUUCAACUUCUCUGUGGAUCUGAACUCCAUCACUGUGAUAAAUGCCCCUGCAACAACAACUGUUCCUGCUACAAUUGCCAUAACAACGGCACCUCCUCCAGUAGUGGAAUUACAAGUCACCUUGCAACAAGUUUUUGUACCAGCCUUGACUGACCCUCAAAGCACAGAAUUCAAAACACUUUCAGAUACCAUUACCACAAUUUGUGACACAAUCUUCCGACAAAGAUAUGGGCUUUGUUACGUUCAGACGACUGUUACUCAAUUCAGACCUGUGCCCCGUCUCGGUCAGGAUCCUAACACAGAGGUGGGGUUGGAACUGGAGUUCAAUGCGACCUCCACUGUACCUGUCCCCAAGGGCAGUGACAUUGUUGAUACAUUGAAAGAGGCUGUGACCAAUCCAAACUCUACAUUCAACAUCUCUGUGGAUCUGAACUCCAUCACUGUGAUAAAUGCCCCUGCAACAACAACUGUUCCUGCUACAAUUGCCAUAACAACGGCACCUCCUCCAGUGGUGGAAUUACAAGUCACCUUGCAACAAGUUUUUGUACCAGCCUUGACUGACCCUCAAAGCACAGAAUUCAAAACACUUUCAGAUACCAUUACCACAAUUUGUGACACAAUCUUCCGACAAAGAUAUGGGCUUUGUUACGUUCAGACGACUGUUACUCAAUUCAGACCUGUGCCCCGUCUCGGUCAGGAUCCUAACACAGAGGUGGGGUUGGAACUGGAGUUCAAUGCGACCUCCACUGUACCUGUCCCCAAGGGCAGUGACAUUGUUGAUACAUUGAAAGAGGCUGUGACCAAUCCAAACUCUACCUUCAACUUCUCUGUGGAUCUGAACUCCAUCACUGUGAUAAAUGCCCCUGCAACAACAACUGUUCCUGCUACAAUUGCCAUAACAACGGCACCUCCUCCAGUGGUGGAAUUACAAGUCACCUUGCAACAAGUUUUUGUACCAGCCUUGACUGACCCUCAAAGCACAGAAUUCAAAACACUUUCAGAUACCAUUACCACAAUUUGUGACACAAUCUUCCGACAAAGAUAUGGGCUUUGUUACGUUCAGACGACUGUUACUCAAUUCAGACCUGUGCCCCGUCUCGGUCAGGAUCCUAACACAGAGGUGGGGUUGGAACUGGAGUUCAAUGCGACCUCCACUGUACCUGUCCCCAAGGGCAGUGACAUUGUUGAUACAUUGAAAGAGGCUGUGACCAAUCCAAACUCUACCUUCAACUUCUCUGUGGAUCUGAACUCCAUCACUGUGAUAAAUGCCCCUGCAACAACAACUGUUCCUGCUACAAUUGCCAUAACAACGGCACCUCCUCCAGUGGUGGAAUUACAAGUCACCUUGCAACAAGUUUUUGUACCAGCCUUGACUGACCCUCAAAGCACAGAAUUCAAAACACUUUCAGAUACCAUUACCACAAUUUGUGACACAAUCUUCCGACAAAGAUAUGGGCUUUGUUACGUUCAGACGACUGUUACUCAAUUCAGACCUGUGCCCCGUCUCGGUCAGGAUCCUAACACAGAGGUGGGGUUGGAACUGGAGUUCAAUGCGACCUCCACUGUACCUGUCCCCAAGGGCAGUGACAUUGUUGAUACAUUGAAAGAGGCUGUGACCAAUCCAAACUCUACCUUCAACAUCUCUGUGGAUCUGAACUCCAUCACUGUGAUAAAUGCCCCUGCAACAACAACUGUUCCUGCUACAAUUGCCAUAACAACGGCACCUCCUCCAGUGGUGGAAUUACAAGUCACCUUGCAACAAGUUUUUGUACCAGCCUUGACUGACCCUCAAAGCACAGAAUUCAAAACACUUUCAGAUACCAUUACCACAAUUUGUGACACAAUCUUCCGACAAAGAUAUGGGCUUUGUUACGUUCAGACGACUGUUACUCAAUUCAGACCUGUGCCCCGUCUCGGUCAGGAUCCUAACACAGAGGUGGGGUUGGAACUGGAGUUCAAUGCGACCUCCACUGUACCUGUCCCCAAGGGCAGUGACAUUGUUGAUACAUUGAAAGAGGCUGUGACCAAUCCAAACUCUACCUUCAACAUCUCUGUGGAUCUGAACUCCAUCACUGUGAUAAAUGCCCCUGCAACAACAACUGUUCCUGCUACAAUUGCCAUAACAACGGCACCUCCUCCAGUGGUGGAAUUACAAGUCACCUUGCAACAAGUUUUUGUACCAGCCUUGACUGACCCUCAAAGCACAGAAUUCAAAACACUUUCAGAUACCAUUACCACAAUUUGUGACACAAUCUUCCGACAAAGAUAUGGGCUUUGUUACGUUCAGACGACUGUUACUCAAUUCAGACCUGUGCCCCGUCUCGGUCAGGAUCCUAACACAGAGGUGGGGUUGGAACUGGAGUUCAAUGCGACCUCCACUGUACCUGUCCCCAAGGGCAGUGACAUUGUUGAUACAUUGAAAGAGGCUGUGACCAAUCCAAACUCUACCUUCAACUUCUCUGUGGAUCUGAACUCCAUCACUGUGAUAAAUGCCCCUGCAACAACAACUGUUCCUGCUACAAUUGCCAUAACAACGGCACCUCCUCCAGUAGUGGAAUUACAAGUCACCUUGCAACAAGUUUUUGUACCAGCCUUGACUGACCCUCAAAGCACAGAAUUCAAAACACUUUCAGAUACCAUUACCACAAUUUGUGACACAAUCUUCCGACAAAGCUAUGGGCUUUGUUACGUUCAGACGACUGUUACUCAAUUCAGACCUGUGCCCCGUCUCGGUCAGGAUCCUAACACAGAGGUGGGGUUGGAACUGGAGUUCAAUGCGACCUCCACUGUACCUGUCCCCAAGGGCAGUGACAUUGUUGAUACAUUGAAAGAGGCUGUGACCAAUCCAAACUCUACCUUCAACUUCUCUGUGGAUCUGAACUCCAUCACUGUGAUAAAUGCCCCUGCAACAACAACUGUUCCUGCUACAAUUGCCAUAACAACGGCACCUCCUCCAGUAGUGGAAUUACAAGUCACCUUGCAACAAGUUUUUGUACCAGCCUUGACUGACCCUCAAAGCACAGAAUUCAAAACACUUUCAGAUACCAUUACCACAAUUUGUGACACAAUCUUCCGACAAAGCUAUGGGCUUUGUUACGUUCAGACGACUGUUACUCAAUUCAGACCUGUGCCCCGUCUCGGUCAGGAUCCUAACACAGAGGUGGGGUUGGAACUGGAGUUCAAUGCGACCUCCACUGUACCUGUCCCCAAGGGCAGUGACAUUGUUGAUACAUUGAAAGAGGCUGUGACCAAUCCAAACUCUACCUUCAACUUCUCUGUGGAUCUGAACUCCAUCACUGUGAUAAAUGCCCCUGCAACAACAACUGUUCCUGCUACAAUUGCCAUAACAACGGCACCUCCUCCAAUGGUGGAAUUACAAGUCACCUUGCAACAAGUUUUUGUACCAGCCUUGACUGACCCUCAAAGCACAGAAUUCAAAACACUUUCAGAUACCAUUACCACAAUUUGUGACACAAUCUUCCGACAAAGCUAUGGGCUUUGUUACGUUCAGACGACUGUUACUCAAUUCAGACCUGUGCCCCGUCUCGGUCAGGAUCCUAACACAGAGGUGGGGUUGGAACUGGAGUUCAAUGCGACCUCCACUGUACCUGUCCCCAAGGGCAGUGACAUUGUUGAUACAUUGAAAGAGGCUGUGACCAAUCCAAACUCUACCUUCAACUUCUCUGUGGAUCUGAACUCCAUCACUGUGAUAAAUGCCCCUGCAACAACAACUGUUCCUGCUACAAUUGCCAUAACAACGGCACCUCCUCCAAUGGUGGAAUUACAAGUCACCUUGCAACAAGUUUUUGUACCAGCCUUGACUGACCCUCAAAGCACAGAAUUCAAAACACUUUCAGAUACCAUUACCACAAUUUGUGACACAAUCUUCCGACAAAGCUAUGGGCUUUGUUACGUUCAGACGACUGUUACUCAAUUCAGACCUGUGCCCCGUCUCGGUCAGGAUCCUAACACAGAGGUGGGGUUGGAACUGGAGUUCAAUGCGACCUCCACUGUACCUGUCCCCAAGGGCAGUGACAUUGUUGAUACAUUGAAAGAGGCUGUGACCAAUCCAAACUCUACCUUCAACUUCUCUGUGGAUCUGAACUCCAUCACUGUGAUAAAUGCCCCUGCAACAACAACUGUUCCUGCUACAAUUGCCAUAACAACGGCACCUCCUCCAGUAGUGGAAUUACAAGUCACCUUGCAACAAGUUUUUGUACCAGCCUUGACUGACCCUCAAAGCACAGAAUUCAAAACACUUUCAGAUACCAUUACCACAAUUUGUGACACAAUCUUCCGACAAAGCUAUGGGCUUUGUUACGUUCAGACGACUGUUACUCAAUUCAGACCUGUGCCCCGUCUCGGUCAGGAUCCUAACACAGAGGUGGGGUUGGAACUGGAGUUCAAUGCGACCUCCACUGUACCUGUCCCCAAGGGCAGUGACAUUGUUGAUACAUUGAAAGAGGCUGUGACCAAUCCAAACUCUACCUUCAACUUCUCUGUGGAUCUGAACUCCAUCACUGUGAUAAAUGCCCCUGCAACAACAACUGUUCCUGCUACAAUUGCCAUAACAACGGCACCUCCUCCAGUAGUGGAAUUACAAGUCACCUUGCAACAAGUUUUUGUACCAGCCUUGACUGACCCUCAAAGCACAGAAUUCAAAACACUUUCAGAUACCAUUACCACAAUUUGUGACACAAUCUUCCGACAAAGCUAUGGGCUUUGUUACGUUCAGACGACUGUUACUCAAUUCAGACCUGUGCCCCGUCUCGGUCAGGAUCCUAACACAGAGGUGGGGUUGGAACUGGAGUUCAAUGCGACCUCCACUGUACCUGUCCCCAAGGGCAGUGACAUUGUUGAUACAUUGAAAGAGGCUGUGACCAAUCCAAACUCUACCUUCAACUUCUCUGUGGAUCUGAACUCCAUCACUGUGAUAAAUGCCCCUGCAACAACAACUGUUCCUGCUACAAUUGCCAUAACAACGGCACCUCCUCCAGUGGUGGAAUUACAAGUCACCUUGCAACAAGUUUUUGUACCAGCCUUGACUGACCCUCAAAGCACAGAAUUCAAAACACUUUCAGAUACCAUUACCACAAUUUGUGACACAAUCUUCCGACAAAGAUAUGGGCUUUGUUACGUUCAGACGACUGUUACUCAAUUCAGACCUGUGCCCCGUCUCGGUCAGGAUCCUAACACAGAGGUGGGGUUGGAACUGGAGUUCAAUGCGACCUCCACUGUACCUGUCCCCAAGGGCAGUGACAUUGUUGAUACAUUGAAAGAGGCUGUGACCAAUCCAAACUCUACCUUCAACUUCUCUGUGGAUCUGAACUCCAUCACUGUGAUAAAUGCCCCUGCAACAACAACUGUUCCUGCUACAAUUGCCAUAACAACGGCACCUCCUCCAGUGGUGGAAUUACAAGUCACCUUGCAACAAGUUUUUGUACCAGCCUUGACUGACCCUCAAAGCACAGAAUUCAAAACACUUUCAGAUACCAUUACCACAAUUUGUGACACAAUCUUCCGACAAAGCUAUGGGCUUUGUUACGUUCAGACGACUGUUACUCAAUUCAGACCUGUGCCCCGUCUCGGUCAGGAUCCUAACACAGAGGUGGGGUUGGAACUGGAGUUCAAUGCGACCUCCACUGUACCUGUCCCCAAGGGCAGUGACAUUGUUGAUACAUUGAAAGAGGCUGUGACCAAUCCAAACUCUACCUUCAACUUCUCUGUGGAUCUGAACUCCAUCACUGUGAUAAAUGCCCCUGCAACAACAACUGUUCCUGCUACAAUUGCCAUAACAACGGCACCUCCUCCAGUAGUGGAAUUACAAGUCACCUUGCAACAAGUUUUUGUACCAGCCUUGACUGACCCUCAAAGCACAGAAUUCAAAACACUUUCAGAUACCAUUACCACAAUUUGUGACACGAUCUUCCGACAAAGAUAUGGGCUUUGUUACGUUCAGACGACUGUUACUCAAUUCAGACCUGUGCCCCGUCUCGGUCAGGAUCCUAACACAGAGGUGGGGUUGGAACUGGAGUUCAAUGCGACCUCCACUGUACCUGUCCCCAAGGGCAGUGACAUUGUUGAUACAUUGAAAGAGGCUGUGACCAAUCCAAACUCUACAUUCAACAUCUCUGUGGAUCUGAACUCCAUCACUGUGAUAAAUGCCCCUGCAACAACAACUGUUCCUGCUACAAUUGCCAUAACAACGGCACCUCCUCCAGUAGUGGAAUUACAAGUCACCUUGCAACAAGUUUUUGUACCAGCCUUGACUGACCCUCAAAGCACAGAAUUCAAAACACUUUCAGAUACCAUUACCACAAUUUGUGACACGAUCUUCCGACAAAGAUAUGGGCUUUGUUACGUUCAGACGACUGUUACUCAAUUCAGACCUGUGCCCCGUCUCGGUCAGGAUCCUAACACAGAGGUGGGGUUGGAACUGGAGUUCAAUGCGACCUCCACUGUACCUGUCCCCAAGGGCAGUGACAUUGUUGAUACAUUGAAAGAGGCUGUGACCAAUCCAAACUCUACAUUCAACAUCUCUGUGGAUCUGAACUCCAUCACUGUGAUAAAUGCCCCUGCAACAACAACUGUUCCUGCUACAAUUGCCAUAACAACGGCACCUCCUCCAGUAGUGGAAUUACAAGUCACCUUGCAACAAGUUUUUGUACCAGCCUUGACUGACCCUCAAAGCACAGAAUUCAAAACACUUUCAGAUACCAUUACCACAAUUUGUGACACAAUCUUCCGACAAAGAUAUGGGCUUUGUUACGUUCAGACGACUGUUACUCAAUUCAGACCUGUGCCCCGUCUCGGUCAGGAUCCUAACACAGAGGUGGGGUUGGAACUGGAGUUCAAUGCGACCUCCACUGUACCUGUCCCCAAGGGCAGUGACAUUGUUGAUACAUUGAAAGAGGCUGUGACCAAUCCAAACUCUACCUUCAACUUCUCUGUGGAUCUGAACUCCAUCACUGUGAUAAAUGCCCCUGCAACAACAACUGUUCCUGCUACAAUUGCCAUAACAACGGCACCUCCUCCAAUGGUGGAAUUACAAGUCACCUUGCAACAAGUUUUUGUACCAGCCUUGACUGACCCUCAAAGCACAGAAUUCAAAACACUUUCAGAUACCAUUACCACAAUUUGUGACACAAUCUUCCGACAAAGAUAUGGGCUUUGUUACGUUCAGACGACUGUUACUCAAUUCAGACCUGUGCCCCGUCUCGGUCAGGAUCCUAACACAGAGGUGGGGUUGGAACUGGAGUUCAAUGCGACCUCCACUGUACCUGUCCCCAAGGGCAGUGACAUUGUUGAUACAUUGAAAGAGGCUGUGACCAAUCCAAACUCUACAUUCAACAUCUCUGUGGAUCUGAACUCCAUCACUGUGAUAAAUGCCCCUGCAACAACAACUGUUCCUGCUACAAUUGCCAUAACAACGGCACCUCCUCCAGUGGUGGAAUUACAAGUCACCUUGCAACAAGUUUUUGUACCAGCCUUGACUGACCCUCAAAGCACAGAAUUCAAAACACUUUCAGAUACCAUUACCACAAUUUGUGACACGAUCUUCCGACAAAGAUAUGGGCUUUGUUACGUUCAGACGACUGUUACUCAAUUCAGACCUGUGCCCCGUCUCGGUCAGGAUCCUAACACAGAGGUGGGGUUGGAACUGGAGUUCAAUGCGACCUCCACUGUACCUGUCCCCAAGGGCAGUGACAUUGUUGAUACAUUGAAAGAGGCUGUGACCAAUCCAAACUCUACCUUCAACUUCUCUGUGGAUCUGAACUCCAUCACUGUGAUAAAUGCCCCUGCAACAACAACUGUUCCUGCUACAAUUGCCAUAACAACGGCACCUCCUCCAGUAGUGGAAUUACAAGUCACCUUGCAACAAGUUUUUGUACCAGCCUUGACUGACCCUCAAAGCACAGAAUUCAAAACACUUUCAGAUACCAUUACCACAAUUUGUGACACGAUCUUCCGACAAAGAUAUGGGCUUUGUUACGUUCAGACGACUGUUACUCAAUUCAGACCUGUGCCCCGUCUCGGUCAGGAUCCUAACACAGAGGUGGGGUUGGAACUGGAGUUCAAUGCGACCUCCACUGUACCUGUCCCCAAGGGCAGUGACAUUGUUGAUACAUUGAAAGAGGCUGUGACCAAUCCAAACUCUACAUUCAACAUCUCUGUGGAUCUGAACUCCAUCACUGUGAUAAAUGCCCCUGCAACAACAACUGUUCCUGCUACAAUUGCCAUAACAACGGCACCUCCUCCAGUAGUGGAAUUACAAGUCACCUUGCAACAAGUUUUUGUACCAGCCUUGACUGACCCUCAAAGCACAGAAUUCAAAACACUUUCAGAUACCAUUACCACAAUUUGUGACACGAUCUUCCGACAAAGAUAUGGGCUUUGUUACGUUCAGACGACUGUUACUCAAUUCAGACCUGUGCCCCGUCUCGGUCAGGAUCCUAACACAGAGGUGGGGUUGGAACUGGAGUUCAAUGCGACCUCCACUGUACCUGUCCCCAAGGGCAGUGACAUUGUUGAUACAUUGAAAGAGGCUGUGACCAAUCCAAACUCUACAUUCAACAUCUCUGUGGAUCUGAACUCCAUCACUGUGAUAAAUGCCCCUGCAACAACAACUGUUCCUGCUACAAUUGCCAUAACAACGGCACCUCCUCCAGUGGUGGAAUUACAAGUCACCUUGCAACAAGUUUUUGUACCAGCCUUGACUGACCCUCAAAGCACAGAAUUCAAAACACUUUCAGAUACCAUUACCACAAUUUGUGACACAAUCUUCCGACAAAGAUAUGGGCUUUGUUACGUUCAGACGACUGUUACUCAAUUCAGACCUGUGCCCCGUCUCGGUCAGGAUCCUAACACAGAGGUGGGGUUGGAACUGGAGUUCAAUGCGACCUCCACUGUACCUGUCCCCAAGGGCAGUGACAUUGUUGAUACAUUGAAAGAGGCUGUGACCAAUCCAAACUCUACAUUCAACAUCUCUGUGGAUCUGAACUCCAUCACUGUGAUAAAUGCCCCUGCAACAACAACUGUUCCUGCUACAAUUGCCAUAACAACGGCACCUCCUCCAGUAGUGGAAUUACAAGUCACCUUGCAACAAGUUUUUGUACCAGCCUUGACUGACCCUCAAAGCACAGAAUUCAAAACACUUUCAGAUACCAUUACCACAAUUUGUGACACAAUCUUCCGACAAAGAUAUGGGCUUUGUUACGUUCAGACGACUGUUACUCAAUUCAGACCUGUGCCCCGUCUCGGUCAGGAUCCUAACACAGAGGUGGGGUUGGAACUGGAGUUCAAUGCGACCUCCACUGUACCUGUCCCCAAGGGCAGUGACAUUGUUGAUACAUUGAAAGAGGCUGUGACCAAUCCAAACUCUACAUUCAACAUCUCUGUGGAUCUGAACUCCAUCACUGUGAUAAAUGCCCCUGCAACAACAACUGUUCCUGCUACAAUUGCCAUAACAACGGCACCUCCUCCAAUGGUGGAAUUACAAGUCACCUUGCAACAAGUUUUUGUACCAGCCUUGACUGACCCUCAAAGCACAGAAUUCAAAACACUUUCAGAUACCAUUACCACAAUUUGUGACACAAUCUUCCGACAAAGAUAUGGGCUUUGUUACGUUCAGACGACUGUUACUCAAUUCAGACCUGUGCCCCGUCUCGGUCAGGAUCCUAACACAGAGGUGGGGUUGGAACUGGAGUUCAAUGCGACCUCCACUGUACCUGUCCCCAAGGGCAGUGACAUUGUUGAUACAUUGAAAGAGGCUGUGACCAAUCCAAACUCUACCUUCAACUUCUCUGUGGAUCUGAACUCCAUCACUGUGAUAAGGAUCCCAAGCACAGCCACAGAUGUCUCGACAAAUACAACAGCUCCUCCUGUUGCAAAAUCAACAGCAAGAGGAAUCAGAACCACUACUUCCAUCUCAGUCGGUGGUCCUAAAUCUGCUGUUCUUACUAUAACUACUGUGGCUGGCACAACCAUCACACAACCAACUGGAGAACCUGCCACUGUUCCUGUGACUGGGCCUGCAACUACAACAACAUCUGUGCCCCUCACAGGGGUCCCAGAUACAUCCACAGGUGCCACAACAAUUACAACGGCUACUCCUGUCAUCGCAACCGUUGUCACAGCUGCUCCAACCACUACAACUGCUGCUGCCACCACAACCUCUGUGGCCACAAUUAUACUCACUACAGUGUCUGUGGAGUUCACGUCCAAAGGAGAGACAUUUAUCUCCGACCUAUCAACCUCAUCCUCUCAGGCCUUUCAAACUCGAGCAUCACUGAUUAAAACACAGCUUGAACCUUUCUAUCAAUCAGCUUUCACAUCAUUCAACAGUUUGACAGUAAUAAAAUUCAGAAAUGGAUCAAUCAUUAACACCAUGAAUUUAGCAUUUAGCUCCUCCGCUGUGCCAAAUUCCAAGGAAAUUGACACCGUUUUGAUAAAGGCUGCACAUAACAUCACAGCUUUCAACAUCAACCCCACGUCAGUUACUGUCAAUGGUGAAGUUGUGACCUCAAGUGGAAUAAGCAGCAAGACCAGUCUCUUCACUGCCUCCUGUCUGGUGGUGUUGUCGCUGCUGCUGUCAAGCUAGUCUCAGCAGCAAGCAGCAGUAUGAAAUAUAUUAACUUUGAAAAUGUAUUUACCUCAUGCCCCCCACUCCCAUCAUAUAUAAUGGCAACCUAUUUAAUCAGUAUUUGUUCAACUAAAUUGAUUCUCAUUAUAGUUAUAGUUAUUAUACUCAUUAUUCAAAUUGAAAUAAACCUAUUCUAAUCAAUUGGAGCUUU